UAUAUAAACAAUACAUGAAUUCAUUGAAACUACAGUUUAUUGUUAACGUUGAUUGAUGUGAACAUUAAUACCAAAAAUGUCAAAACUAUUCAUAAUUGUAGGCCUGUUGGUAGCCGUGUGUCAGGGCGAUGAGUCCAACGGUGCAACGACUAGGGGUGUAGACUACUGGUGCUCUCGGGAUGGCUUUAUGCCACACCCCACUGACCCCCAUAAGUUCUUCCAGUGCGAAUGGGUUCCCGGCACGGGAUGGUACCUCCAUAUGGAACAAUGUCCACAACAAACCACCUGGAGCCAAUCACACAAACUAUGUGAGUUUUCUCCUCAACCGACCACUCAGUCGCCAAUUGAUAUUCAAUGCUCUCGGGACGGGUAUGUGCCUCACCCAACUGACCCCCAUAAGUACUUCCAGUGUGAAUGGAUUCCCGGCACGGGAUGGUUCCUCAAUUUGCGCCAAUGCUCCACGAACACCACCUGGGUCCAAUCACACAAAAAAUGUGAAUCUUCAAUCGAUUCCCAGUGCGCUAAGGACGGGUAUGUGCCUCACCCAACUGACCCCCAUAGGUACUACCAGUGCGAAUGGAUUCCUGGCACGGGAUGGUACCUCCAUUUGCGCCAAUGCUCCACGAACACCACCUGGGUCCAAUCACACAAAAAAUGUGAAUCUUCAAUCGAUUCCCAGUGCGCUAAGGACGGGUAUGUGCCCCACCCAACUGACCCACAUGAGUACUUCCAGUGUGAAUGGAUUCCCGGCACAGGAUGGUACCUCCAUUUGAUGCACUGUCCGGCACAGACAUCUUGGGUUCAGUCGCACAAGAGAUGUGAUGGACAAUGAGAUAAUGGGUUUAAAUGAUUUGUGCUGGCGCUUUAUUUAAUACGCUAACUUAAUAUAAUGGACUAAUGUAUCG